UCUCUGGCCGGGAAGGGGGCACCCAGGAGAGAGGUGCCGGCUCCUUGCCGUUUAGGGCCGCAGGGGGGAGGGCCGGGCCACGUGACUGCAGAGGUCCCUACCCUGGCCAGGUGUUCGAAUCCCGUCCCCAGUACUUGUCGGCGUCCUCCGGGCCCCAGAAAACUCAGCCCUAAGGGCGAGGGAGUUGGGGGAGGCUCAUGGCGGCGCCGAUCCGCCUGGGUCGGAAACGUCCGCUGCCCGCUUGCCCCAACCCGCUCUUCGUGCGCUGGCUGACUGAGUGGCGGGACGAGGCGGCCAGCAAGGGCCGCCGCACGCGCUUCGUGUUUCAGAAGGCGCUGCGCUCCCUCCGGCGGUACCCGCUGCCCCUGCGCAGCGGGAAGGAGGCCAAGAUCUUGCAGCACUUCGGGGACGGGCUUUGCAGGAUGCUGGACGAGCGGCUGCAGCGGCACCGAGCGGCCGGCGGUGACAGCGACACCGGCUCGCCCUCUGGAGAGGAGAGUGCAAGGCGACCCGCCCAAGUGCAGGACUCUUCCGUGCCAGUCUCCACCCAGCCACAGGCCAGAGGUUCUGGUGGCUACUGGCCGCCUCGGCACUCAGGGGCCCGGGCAAUACUGCUGCUGCUCUACCAGGAGCACCUGCGUCCCGAGGGCCAGGGCUCCCUCACCAAGGAGGAACUGCUGCAGAGGUGUGCUCAGAAGGCAGCCAAGGUGACCCCUGAGAGAGGGCGACCCUGGCCAGCCCUGCGCUCCCUGCUCCAGAGGAACCUGCUCAUCAGGACGCACCAGCCGGCCAGGUACUUCCUGUCCUCGGAGGGCCUGGAGCUGGCCCGGAAGCUGGCCGAGUCUGAAGGACUGAGCUCUCUGUGUGGCGGUGUCGGACCUGAGCAGCCCCCUGGGGAGGAGCCAGCAAAGCCAGGAGCGGCCCCAGCUGAGCUGGGUGCCAGUGAAGGGGGUGUCCAGCAGCUGCAGCUGGGGCCUGGGGAGUACAGGGUGCUCUUAUGUGUGGACAUCGGCGAGACCAGGGGGGCGGGACACCGGCCUGAGCUGCUGCGGGAGCUGCAGCGGCUGCGUGUGGCCCACUCGGUGCGCAAGCUGCAUGUCGGCGACUUUGUGUGGGUGGCACAGGAGACCAGGCCCAAGGACCCAGCAAGGCCCCGAGAGCUGGUGCUGGACCACAUUGUGGAGCGCAAGCGGCUGGACGACCUGUGCAGCAGCAUCAUUGACGGCCGCUUCCGGGAGCAGAAGUUCCGGCUGAAGCGUUGCGGCCUGGGACGCCGAGUGUACCUGGUGGAGGACCACGGCUCAAUCGAGAACCUCAGCCUUCCAGAGAGCACGCUGCUGCAGGCAGUCACCAACACGCAGGUCAUUGAUGGCUUCUUCGUGAAGCGCACGGCGGACAUCAAGGAGUCAGCUGCCUACCUGGCCCUCCUGACACGAGGUCUGCAGAGACUCUAUCAGGGCCACACCCUACACAGUCGGCCCUUGGAGAACCCAGGGGACCUGCACCCAGAGACAAGAACCGCCCCAAAUCCUUUGUGCUCACUGCUCACCUUCAAUGACUUCAAUGCCGGUGCCAUCAAGAACAAGGCCCAGUCUGUGCGCGAAGUCUUUGCCCGACAGCUGAUGCAGGUGAGCGGCGUGAGCGGGGAGAAGGCGGCAGCCCUGGUGGAGCGCUACGGCACCCCUUCCAGCCUCCUGGCCGCCUACGACGCCUGCGCCACGCCUAAGGAACAGGAACUGCUGCUCAGCACCAUCAAGUGCGGGCGUCUACAGAGGAACCUGGGGCCCGUUCUCAGCAGGACCUUGUCCCAACUCUACUGCAGCUGCAGUCCCCUGACCUGAAAGGGCUGGGC